GUGUGCAACACGUGCGUACUCGUGGACACAUUUACCAUUCGUGAAUUUGCCGUUUUCACUCUAUUUUUCGGCAAUAUGGGGGUCCACGACAAUGCAGAUUCGAAGUACAUUGUUAUGGGUACUUCAAGUUUUUCAAAACUAGCACCGAAACGUCCAACUACGGUUGUAUUUAAUGAAAGUCCCAGCAAAAUCCAAAAACACGAGGAUAGUCAACAAAACGUCCAGACAGAAAACGUGGAUAAAGGAAGCAUUAGUUUACAACAACAGAGGAAAUCUUUACCGGUCUAUAGGCUUCGAAAACGGCUACUCGAAGAAAUACGUAGAAACAGCACUCUGAUCAUUAUUGGCGAAACGGGUAGUGGCAAGACCACGCAAAUUCCCCAAUUGCUCCUCUCAUCCGGUAUCGCGGGCGCUUCCGGUUGCAUCGGUAUCACUCAGCCCCGAAGAGUGGCCGCAGUGAGCGUGGCUCGUAGGGUUGCACAAGAGCAAGGAGUGGAAACGGGCAAAUUAGUCGGUUACUGUGUGCGUUUCGAGGAUGUGACUUCGUCACAAACGAGAAUCAAAUAUCUCACUGACGGAAUGAUGGUUCGCGAGGCGAUGACCGAUGAAAUUUUAUCAGAUUAUUCAGUGGUGAUCCUCGACGAGGCUCAUGAACGUUCAGUACAAACUGAUGUACUGCUAGGUGUUGCAAGAAGGGCUCAGAAUUUAAGAAAGCUUAAGAACCUGCCGCCGUUGAAGCUGCUUGUGAUGUCAGCCACGAUGGACGUCGAUAAGUUCAGCAAGUAUUUCCAAGCACCAGCCGUGUACUUAGAAGGUCGUCAGCAUCCUGUGAAGAUUUAUCACGCCGUCAAAUCGCAGGAGGAUUAUGCGUUCUCCGCCCUUGUUACAGCCUUCCAGAUUCAUCGCGACAACCUUGCUAACGAAGAUAUUCUGGUCUUCUUAACGGGUCAGGAAGAAAUAGAGGCUGCGGUUGUGAGCGCCAGACAAGUAGCUAAACAGCUGGAUGGACAGGGUUAUCCACCGUUGAAGGUGUUUCCACUGUAUUCGGCUUUGCCAACGCAUCAGCAAUUGGAAGCCUUUAAACCAUCGGCUCCUGGAAUGAGGAAGCUCAUUUUGUCUACCAACGUAGCUGAGACUUCCGUUACCAUUGGCGGAAUUCGACACGUGAUCGACACCGGAGUGGUCAAAGCGAGAACUCAUCACCCGACCACCGGAUUGGAUGUGCUCAGGGUGGAAAAAGUCUCAAAGGCACAGGCCUGGCAGAGGACCGGCAGGGCUGGCCGAGAAGCGGCCGGCAAAUGUUACAGAACCUACACCAAGGAGGAAUUCGAGAGGAUGAAGGAGAUGCCUGUGCCAGAGAUACAAAGGUGUUCCCUCGCGGGAGUAGCCCUCCAGCUGCUCGCCAUCGGGGUUGAUAUCACCACCUUUGAUUUUAUGGAUAAACCGCCGAAGGAGGCUGUCGACGUCGCGGUGACCUGCCUGGAAAAGUUGGGCGCCGUUAAGGGUUCUCCACCGCAGCUGACUACCCUCGGAAGAACGAUGUCCCUGUUCCCGUUGGAUCCACGGUUUACCAAGGUGAUUCUGGCAUCAGUGGAGUAUCAGUGCCUCGAAGAAGCCCUCAUGGUUGUCGCUCUAUUGUCAGGAGAGUCUGUUUUCACCGACCCACCUGCGAAAAGACAGCAGGCUUACAUCGCCAGAUCAAGAUUCGCCUCACCCGAGGGAGACCACGUCACGUUGCUGAACGUUUUUCGCGCGUAUACCAACACGAAGCAGAAGAAGGUCUGGUGUCACGAAAACUUUCUGCAUCACAGGAAUCUGGAAUACGCGACGGAGGUGCGACAGCAGCUCGCCGCAUUGGCGGAACGUGCGAAUUUGGAGAAGGCCAGCUGCGGAACGAAUACCGAGCAACUACGGAAAGCGCUCCUCGAGGGCCUCUACGAUAAUCUCGCUGAAUUGCAGAGGGAUCAGACUUACGUCACCGUGAGCUCGAAGCAGCCGGUUGCUAUACAUCCUUCCUCGGCGUUACACGGCAGCAAGCCACCGUUAAUAUUGUUCACGGAGGUUGUAGCCACCGGAAGAUGUUAUCUCCGCGGUUUGUCUGUCAUCGAGUCCUCGUGGUUAACUGAAAAAGGGUUCAGUAUCGAGAACCACGACUAAACCACGCGAUACCAGCCAUUUGGUUUCGUUCGUGAAAACAAAAAUCGAGAACUCUGUUUUAAGCUUUCA